AUGGCUCUGCACUUUGCCCGUCUGUUCCUUGCCCGCGACCCAACCGAUGACAUGGGACCCCCUGGCGGCCCUUCUUGGUGCAGUUCCGCCAUGGAUUAUAUAGAGGCGGACAUGGCUUCGGGCUAUUUCCACUUUUCAGGCGAACCCUCACUCCUGCGCAAGAGCUUUAUUCAUUGGCGCUCCGCCUAUCGUCGUAGCCUCAAUUCUAGCCAGUCGGCUUUGGAUUCACAGGACCGCCAUUUCCUGCACAAUCUUUUCGACGCCCUCCAUUCGUUAAACACGGGCCAGGAUACACUUCAACCCUUUACUCAUCAACAAGGCCAUGAAUACCCCUGGCCCCAGCUAUACUUUGACAACGUCGACUUGCACGGCUUCUUGGUGACGAAAGGUCUAUCGAUGGGCGGAGCAUGGGCCCCCGACAGAUUCCCGCAAAGCUUUCUUGUAUCCCUUGUUUACAGCUAUCUCCCUGGCGAUUUCUACCACUUAAUCAACGCUGUGCAACCCACAGCCAAUCGACUAUUGAAAGGUGUACAUAAUGUAAUCAACAGGAUAUGGGCCGACCUGUUGCAACUCGGGGAGCUGAAUGGGCCCGAUCUGCCAGAAAGAGAUCGGAGAAUUUUAAGCUCACGCAUGUUCGGACGCAUGUUGUCCAUGUUGCACCUGGUUCGCGCCCCGGACGAGAUUCCCUUUCUUAAAAAUCCGCAUGACGCGCCCAGGCUCUGGAAAGUGGCAGGAGAAGAGUCGGACGGUUAUGUGGUGCGCCGCGAAAUUGUCCGGUGUGCUCUUGACGCGAACAUGCCAAUGGCUUUUGCAAUCUUGUCUUGGUGGGAUUCCAUGAUGGCGUCGACGGCAUACCCUGACCCAGAGCACAAAGUGCAUUGGCAUGAGCAGUUAAGAGAGACCGAAGCCUUUAUCAGACUCUUCAACGAUUAAGAUCCUGUACCACUUAGUUUUACGCAAAACAGUUUUCCUUUUAGUUGACUCGUAAUUCGACACCAGGAAAUUUCGAUAGCGCCCAAGUAUAACUAUCUGGUUUCGAGG